AUUUCUCUCUCUCAAAGACAUUCUAGCUACACCACUGUUCAAGAUGACCUCAACCCUCUCACAUCGUUUGGAAACCUAUUCGCGUGGAAUCGAUGCUACGAAACUCAAUACUGUAGACGUCUGGACUCCGGACACACCUGGCGGAAUCGCUGAGAGCAAGUUAUGGGUAAUUUACAUUCAUGGUGGUGCUUGGCGAGACCCAGAGGUUGAUUCGAAAAGUUUCGCGCCAGCUAUCAAUGUGCUUUGGAGCUCUUCAUCUCGGGACUCCUUUGCAGGUUUUGCGUCAAUCAAUUAUUCUCUCAGCCCGUAUCCUUCGCACAAGACCAUUCCUUCUACUCCAGAUGACGCAUCUAGGAAUGUUCAUCAUGCACGGCAUGUUACCGAUGUAGCCCAUGGUCUACAUUAUUUGCAAGACCGGUACAAGAUCCAUAAUCGCUAUAUUCUGGUCGGACAUUCAGCAGGUGCAACAAUGGCUUUCCAAUUAUACCAAGGAUUGUUUUCGGAGACCCCUCUGCCUCAGCCCAUAAGUGUGCUUGGAAUCGCUGGCAUAUACUAUUUCGAGGCUUUUGUCGAAGCUCAUAGUAGUAUACCUGUAUACAAGGAGAUAAUGGACAAUGCGUUCCCCGACCAGACUUUGUGGAGGGAAGCAUCGCCAUAUUCAAGCCGUCCAGGCAAAGAGACAUUGUGGGAACAUGCAGAAGUUAUCGUUAUUUCUCGUUCCGAAGACGACGAGCUUGUCGAAAAAGAGCAGGCCUCACUAAUGCUUGAACGUGCCCGUUCUAUCCCACAUGCACCAGAAAAAGUGUUCUUUCUCCAGGCUAGCGGACUUCAUGAUGAAAUCUGGAGCUCCGGUGAUAUCCUGGCUUCGCUAGUGGUCAAGACUUUGAGUCUUCACAAGACUUCUUGAGUCAUUAGUCGACUCGGCAAUUGUAUCCCAGGAGAAUAAGAUGGCCAAGGGCACCAACAUCAUCAGAUUCAUGCAGGUCUCCAGCAAUGAAACGUUUCUAUUCUUUAUUUUUUUUCUAUCGUGUAAGCAAGUCUACCCACUCCAACCAUUACCAGGCGCCGAACUCAAGCACACAAACUGCAA